GUCAAGCUCGUGUGCUCACUGCCCACUCACAGCCCCUCCCACAGAUUCUUCCGUCUAAACUCUGACGAUCUUGUUGAAUUGAAUUAGCACCAGUGGAUUGCCAAGGGAGCUAGCUGUGAAAGGGAAGCCCUGGGGAUGACCGCCAUAUCGAGCGAUUUCUCUGCGGUGAAUUAGUGUUAGUUUUUUUCGCAGCAUUCAGCUGAAAAGGUUUUGGGUGAGUUGGGUGAGUUGCGGUGGGGUAAGGGUGAGGAUGAUGGCCAUGGCAGCAAUCGCCGGGACGCAAUGGGCAGGGUCGUGGGCGCAGCAGAGAGGGGAUGCGGUUGAUGCAGAGAGAAUUUUAAGUGGGAAGAGCAUAUUUCAGACGUUGAGAGUGGCGUGGAGUGUCCAAGACCAAGCGCUGCGGCAGCGCUGCAGUCUUCUCAGGGUGACGGGGCUGAGUGGUUCGUGUGGGAGACCGGGGCGGAAAUGCUUCAGAGUGACGGCUCAAUCGGAGGUGGUUAGUUCUGUUUUCAUCCCUUUUUGAGUUUGCUACAUGGGAAUUGACGCCACUCCUCCUGCCGAAUGUGUUGUCUAUUUUAGGGUAAAGAAUUCCACUCCACGAACUGCUGAGUGACGAAACACCCUGGCCUCGACCUCGCUACAGCAAUUUCGCAUUUCGCAUUGUCAAGUCUACUUGAGCAGCUGCGAGUAAUUAAAACAGAUGACGUGGCUAUGGAGACGGCGUUGAGGGCUGAAGAUUCUCUUCAAGCAGAGCAACCUGCAUCAGGAGCCUCAGAUUCCGAAGGUACGAUGGUGAAGGUGCGUUUUGAGCUUCAAAGAGAAUGCCAGUUCGGACAGCAAUACAAAGUUGUGGGUGAUGAUUCUCAAUUCGGUGACUGGAACCCUAGUGCGGCUAUUCCCUUGAACUGGACUGAAGGCCAUGUGUGGACUGCUGAAGUGAGUGUACCUGAAGGGAAAAAUAUUGAGUACAAAUAUAUACUAAUAUCCGGUGAAGAAGGGGAGGUUGAGUGGCAACCCGGAUCAAACCAUGUGCUGGAAACAGUGACUGGAGCUCCCUCCCUUGUGCUUUCGCCACCAUGGGAGGGAAUCACGCAAUUCGCCGAGCCUACAGAAUCCACGUCUGAUCAGCUUCAGGAGGUGCAAAGUAGCAAUCAGCCUGAGGUUCAAAGUGCUGCACCUGAUACUGGGGAUUGGGAAUCUACUCGUGAGGAAGCAAAUGCGUCAGUUGAGAAAGUGGCGGAUGCGGUAGCUUUUGCUGCUGCAGGUGCCGUCGAAGCAGGGGUAAAGGCCGCAUCUGUUUUAGAGGGAAACUUGGAUUCCGUUGCAGAGGAUAGGACUCGUACUGCGGUUGAAGUUCCUGUUGUUAACGUAGCUCUGGCUUCCGUUGUCGACGCCGCGCUUGUCACAACCACUGCUACACCUGCUGAGGAGCCCACAACUACGAAUGGAGCUGCAGCAACUGCAGACACUGCAACGGAAAAGGAGCAUAUCAAAGCAGAGGAGCAGAUCAGAAAGGAUGAGGAGCAGCUAAGUAGAGUAGAUCAACCCAGCAUAGACAAUCUGCAGCUCAGAGCAGAGGAGGAGCAAAAUGCUCCGAAGCGCCUGAACCCAUUUCAGAAAGAUAUGGAGUGGUUGUCUAAGACCCUCUUUGCUUAUACUGCGUCAUAUCAGAAGUGGCUUUGCAGCAUGUUUGUUACAUCGAGAGUAAGUGGGAUGACAACGGUUCUCUGGCACAUGCAGGUGCAGAAACUUCGACGAGUGAGGGGAGAAACAACACAAAAUAAAUUUAAAAACAAAACGAAACAAAACAAACAUUGAACAAGUCAUGCUCAAGUCAUGGACAAGUCAUGAUUCGUGCUUCAGAAAUAGGGCUAGUUAACUUGCUUGAGGCCAUGGUUGAAAUGGCCUCUUGGGUCGGAGUAAAAUGCCAUUGUGAACCUGCGUUCAAUGUCGGUAUGUUUUGUGCAUAUGUAGGCAGAUUAUUCCUCAGAGGGUUACUCAAGAGUAAUUAUAAAGGCAACGUUCCUUAGUAUACUUUUUGAAAUUCCACUUAAUUUGUACAAGUCAAACAAAACAUAUUUGAUUUCACGCUUACACUAUGCCAAAAAUAAAAAUAUAUUAUAGAGGA